AUGAUGGAUUUACCCUUGCACAACUCCUCUCUACUAGUAUUACCGCCGCCUCCCUCAUCUCCACUAGUAUCACCGGCGGAUCUAUUACUCCGACGACUCCAAGACAACUUCAACCACUCCAAGACACCUCCGGCUUCCUCCUUCCCCUUCCCAUUUUCCUUCUGUCCACCCUGGAAACGAAGUCAGAUCGAAUUAGCUCACAAGUCACUGUCUUUAACAUCUCAAUGGUGGUGUCAAUGGUCGAUAGAGGCAGAGAUCGAUUUGGAUCUGUCGAGUGUUUAUUCACUACAGAGAGAGAUUGCUACAGACGAUGAUGUCGAAGAGGUGGCAUUCGCACAACCUAACCCUAGCACCGACGACGAUGAUAGUCUGAGGUCUGUUUCUAGAAUGCAACUAUUAAAAACCGAGAGAAGACAAAUUCAGUGUAUUCUCAACUCCAAUGGUCUUCCUUAUUUCCGCUCCACCACUUUUCCUCUAUAAACCAUAGUCGGAUCGGGUUCUUCAACACUAACUGAAUUCGGAAAUGUUCUCCAGAUUAACGUAGGCGUAGUGCUCCAUUUUCGAGUGUGUUUUCUUUCCAAAUGAUCCAUUUCCCAAAUUGGGUUGUACUUUGUUUUUUUGUUUUUAGAGGGUGGAGGUAUAAAUGGGUGGUAAUGGUGGUGGUUCGAGGUCCUGUAGUCGGUGUUUAAAGAGCUCAUAUGUGAGUUUUCCGAUUGAGGCUGUUGGGUGUGAUGAUGUUGUUGAUUAGGUGAUUAAUGGAGGGUGAAAAUAUUGAAGGAGGUGACUCGAUGGAAGGAGAGUGCUUGUGUAUACGGUGGCAGGAGGCUGCCCUGCCCGGCAGCCUAGCGGUUGCUUCCUUUUUGCUUAUGUCGGCAGUGGUCAUCGGAGGGGAAGAGGGAAGAGGUAAGGCAGUAUGUUGGAGGGUUGCUUGGGGCUGUUGUGGGUAGUGAAUAAUGAACUGAAGUGGAAAAGGGGUAAAGACGUCUGAAUGGCGUUGUAUGAUUUGAUUUUCCAGCAAGAAAAUGGUAGCUCCGGCGAUGUGAUAUAUUACGAUUUGAUUUUCGGCAAUUAUAUUAUUGUGAAACGGAAAUGUAGAGAGAGAGAGAGGGUGGCGGUGUGAGACGAUGAUGGAAGCAAUGUUUUAAAAACUGGUUUGAACUGUCUGGUUGAACCGGUGGGGACGAGAACGGUUAAACAACAAUCGGUUUUAUGCUAAGUUCUAAACCGAAUUGAACCAGUCAAUUUAUUCAAAAAUCAGGUCGAACUAAUAUGAUAAAAAUGAUAAAAAAAAAAAACUAUUUGAACCAGUUUAUUGAACUUUGAUAGUUGGAUUUCACUUAUCUGGAUUGUACACAACCCGCAAGCCGAUGCACAUAACUACUAGAUGUAGAUGUAGACCGACAAUUGAACUGACGGUUGAAGCAAAUAAACCAUGAACUAAAAAACCGAUUUUUAUUUUUGAUCAUACAAAAUAUUUAGAUAAAAAUUUAGAAAUUAAAUUCCC